AUGGCGACCUCGAUAAACCCUCUCGACCUCUACCACAACCCGGCUCUCGAUUCCUUGGUCUUUCAAGGCAACAACCGCGCGAGGCACAAUGGCGCCAGCCGCCGGUCCAGUGGAGGGAAUGGCAAUAGUAAUGGGAACGGCGAAGGAAGACGUCCGCUUUCUCAAAACUUGGGCUCUGCAGGAACACACCCACUCCCCACUGCGCCUGACGUGCCUCGCGGGCCUCCCAUCUCCUACCGAGCGUUAGGGCAGAAUGCGCCUCCCGAUUCGGGUCUCCACCGGUCUUUCUCCCAGAGAGCGAGAGGAAGGCCAUUCCACCAAGAGGCCUUCGCAGACCUUGAAAAUGACUUUGACACAGAGAAAGUCACACCCAAGCAACGUAUCGUGUCUGAACCGAUACGACCAGACAUUGCGCCCAGUGUUUCUCGCAGACCGGCGCACACAGAUGGGUUGCGCGUCAAUACUGCCGAUCUCAACAGCUCGGCCGCCACCAGAGAACCAAGAAGAGAAAUCCAGGUGGCUCAUAAUCCGCCUCCGAAAGAGCCCAAGUCCGCGCAACAGUCUCGUCGUACGUCCGACACCACUGGCCGCAUCGAAGAGCCCGUCUCGGCCGUUAGCAGGUCAAGCGCUUUCCGAGACGAGGCUCAGAGGAGGGAUUGGGCUCCAGAUAGAUCUCCGCUGCAGAAGCUCGAAGUAACGCUCAAUGAUAUCAGCAAGGAAGAGAAGCGUGCGAGGGUUCAGGAGGCCGAGAUGCUGUUGCGGGAUCGCGAGGCCGGAAAGGUUCGUGGCGUGGUAGACUCGCCCCGAGAAGGUCCUUCUUCGUCGAAGCCCGUGGCCUCCGCCACCCGGUCUUUGUCGAAACGCGAGCGCGAUAUUGAGCCCCAAGUCCCGACUUUGGAAGAUGCAGGUCUGGUUCGAAACCUUAGCACAACUCAGCGACAACGUCUACAACAUAGUACAACUGUCGAUAGCCACCGACCCGACGUACGAAGCUUGUCCGGAGAAGGCCAAGCAGCGUUUGAGUACACGAAAUCCAGUCCGGUACAACCGUCCCCUACCACUCAACGACGCCAGUCCAUCAGACAGCACAGAAGACAAAAAGUACCCAGUCCAGAUCAAGCAGUCAAUCGGACGUCGGCCGUUCCCGCGGAAGCCGUAACCAAUACACAGAGAGAACGGCCUCGAAAGCAGCGUGAAAUCUCACCGACCGAUGUUGAAGACAGGCCUCGAGAUGCUUCAACGGCGAAGGCGCCCCUUCGCGUGACUGAACCUCAAGCCAUUUUCGUCAAUGCGCGGGAUAACUUGUUGCAGCACCAAAGGAAUGCAUCACACAAGGCCGCAUUGGAGAAACUCACUGGAGUGUCAGCUCCUGUGACAGCCGCCCCCAGCGCCUCUCGCAAGCUCCAAAAACCUCGGUCAGAACGCGCAGAGGGAGAUGUUAGGUCGACCUCCAGAACCCCGAGCAGAAUACCCGUCCCAACUUCAGUUAUAACCGCACAGUCUGGCCGGUCAGAACACAACAACCAGGUCAAAACCGAUCCCAAGGUGGGAGCACCACAAGUCCAGCAGCAACCACGGACACCACCGUUAGGUCUUGCACUCCACUCCGCACCAAUUCCAGGCAGCCCUCAGUCGCCCCCAGCGAAACCUGUGGAUGUGACACGGCAGAGGCAGAGGAAGUCUAGUGUAUCUUUCAAAGAGCCGCUGAACAAUCGACCUGUGGAUGAAUGGAAAGAAGCCGGAACAGCGAGACUUAUGGCUGUCGAUUUCUCCACGGAGACUGUCGUACCCUCCGAUAGGGGCAAGACAUGGUGGGAACAGCCUGCUACUUCGUCCGGUCGCAGAAGGAGCAGGUCGUCAAAGAUCUCCGAGCAAGCUAAGGUCCCAGACCCUGUCGACGAGAAGACUGCCGAGUUCAAGCCGAAUCUAUAUCUGAGAUGCGGGCCUUUGCUUCGGUACAAGGGUAUGAGAAGGCAGAAAACUGGCUCCGGGCCGGGCGAGGAGCGUGAAUUCUGGAGAGGAAGUGUUCUAAUCGUGACUCAGAAUUCUGCAUCAUCUUACGAUCCUGCGCCGAUUCUGCGACUCUUCUCUCAGCCGCAGAACCUGUUACCGCCUCCGCCGCACCACGUCACCACCGAUGAGCUUCAACCAGAAUAUGUCGACCCAAUCGCCGGCCUGACCAAGCCGUCUAGAACCGGAAGGUUAUUAUACGUUCGCCCGGUAGACCACCUGCAAGAAGGCAAAGACCUGUCACAGAUUGAAAACGAUGAUGGUUUGUUCGAGAGCUCACCCAGCCCGCUCGAGCACAGCGGUCCUCACGGUCCAAUCCCGUUCUCCAAUCACCGAAUCCUGGACAUCGAUGGUGAGAAGGUUGGCAGAUAUCAGGAAGUGGCUGGCGCCAGGCUGUAUGCUGAUCCUGACCGGGAUGUGACCUUCUGGCGAUUCAACCUGGAAGUGGAACUCGUUGAUGAGCAGCAACAUAUUGCUUAUCGCAUCAACCGUGGUCCGUCGGUUGGCUUCUGGGUCCCCGCUCGCGGCCAGACCAUGCACAUGAUGUUCCAUACCUGCAAUGGUUUCAGCCUGUCUGUCAAUCCGGACACCUUCAGCGGACCCGACCCCAUGUGGAGAGAUGUCCUCAACACGCAUCAGACACGCCCGUUCCACGUGAUGAUUGGUGGGGGCGAUCAGAUUUACAAUGAUCGUGUAGUGCUCGAAACCCAGCAUUUUGGAGAAUGGACCAGGCUGAGGAAUCCUUCGCAUAAGCACAACGCUCCCUUCACGCACGAGAUGAAAGAAGAACUGGAGAGCUUCUAUCUGAACAGGUAUGCAAUGUGGUUCUCGCAGGGACUGUUCGGUAUGGCAGCCAGCCAGAUACCAAUGGUCAACAUAUGGGACGAUCAUGACAUUAUCGAUGGAUUUGGCUCGUACCCGAACUACUUUAUGGAGACACCGGUCUUUUCAGGACUCGGCAACGUUGCAUUCAAAUACUACAUGCUCUUCCAGCACCAGAGUGUUGCCGAAGAGACGACCUCGCAUGAACCUAGUUGGGUUCUGGGGCGGCAGCCGGGCCCAUACAUCAAGCAGCCAAGCAGAAGCGUUUUCAUGCACAUGGGCAAGCACGUUGCGUUCUUGGGCCUGGAUUGCCGGACCGAACGAAGGCGCAACGAGGUCUUGAGUCUGGAGUCCCUGGACACCGUUCUGGAACGAUGUCGCAAAGAACUGAUCGAAGGAGAGACAAAGCACCUCAUCAUAUUGCUUGGCGUCCCGGUGGCUUAUCCCCGCCUUGUCUGGCUAGAGAACGUGCUGACUAGCCGUCUCAUGGACCCCGUCAAGGCUCUGGGAAGAGCCGGGAUCCUGAAAGGUGGCUUUCUCAACAAGUUCGAUGGUGGUGUCGAGAUACUGGACGAUCUCGAUGACCAUUGGACUGCCACCAACCAUAAACACGAGCGCAACGAGCUGAUCAAGGACCUACAGGAUCUUGCGGCGGAAAGGUCUUGCCGCAUCACCAUCCUCAGUGGCGACGUCCAUCUGGCCGCGAUCGGCCAGUUUCACUCGAAUCCAAAGCUCAAGAUUCCCAAGGACAAAGAUCAUCGCUACAUGCCGAAUGUGAUAUCCUCGGCCAUUGUGAACACGCCACCAUCCGAUAUGUUGGCCGACAUCUUAAACAAACGGAACAAGGUGCAUCACCUGGACCACUAUACUGACGAAAACAUGAUUCCCAUGUUCACCCACGAUGUCAAUGACAAGAAACGGAACAACAAGCACCUCCUGCCGAGGCGCAACUGGUGUUCGAUACGAGAGUACAUUCCGGGCUCGACGCCGCCUCCUUCGCCUCCACCUUCGUCUCCGGGGAGUCAGGAUGAAUUCGACGACGACGAGGAGGAGGAUAUUGAGGCAAACCCUGACGUUCGACCACGUCGCUUCUCCUUCUCCAAGGAUGAUGUCAACCCACGAUCGUUGUUUCGCAGAUUGAGCUCAAGAAACGCGCCUCCCACAUCAUACCGUGAUACUAUGUACGAUCCAGGCCGCUCGGCAUCUUAUGAUGGCGCGCCGCAGGUGCAGAACACAUCGGGGUCUCGUCAGUCUUCCGGUGAAUUCCAUGCCCCUCCCAACCGACGUGCUUCGUCCUUCGACCACACUUCUUCUGGUACUCCUGUGCGACCGACGGGGACUUUUCAGCGUCGUCCCACGAAUCUCUCAGAGAAGGCGGCGAGGAAGGGUAACGUACCCGCUAUCGACGCGGAGGGUAACGAGAUCGACGUCAAUGAUCAAGUGAAUUUAGAAUCAGGCCUUGACAUUGUAUUGAACGUGGAAGUAGACCAGAAAGACCCAUCUGGAAUCACGAUACCCUACAGGCUGCUUGUACCAGCCUUGUGGUACGACGGUAGCUCUGAUCGUGAAAAGCUUGACGAAUCCAGCAAGAUCCAACGGAGGCCAACCCUGUUGAACAGAUUGGUCGGCCUGGGAGGUAAAAAGACACAGCCAAAGCCAUCUGCACAGCAAGACGGUGACUGGGAUCAGGAGGAGAGUGAAGAGGAGGAUGACGCACCCGAUCCAUAUGCUCCAAAAGCUGGAGCUGUACCUCCGCGCCGGUUCAGCCUUUUCGGCAGCCGCCGGCAGAAGAAAGAAGAAUAUCACAGCGACUACGAAGACGACGGCGAGGACCACCCUAAAAACCCUGUUCCCCAAAAUCGAGAGUCUCUGUCACGACAGCAGACUGACAACGCUUUCGGUUCGCACUCAGCAAAUCAAUUCAGACACGAUGGUUAUCAACUUUCACACAACUUGACUGGACCGCUCAAUCACGACAAGCUGUAUGACACCGAGAACCUGCCACCAUCGAGUCACAGUCUGGAGCCUGCGUCACAUCCAAGUGUUCGCCGCUCCCUAACGAUCUCAGGCCGCGGUUCACAGUCGAAUCGAGCUGAGGAAGCAAGUCACGACGUCAAUGUCAACUAUGCACGUCCACAGCAGGUCGGAGCUCAGCCUCCCGUGUCCCUGCCGCCAACGGCAGAUACGACCAAUGCCCAUGCAGGCGGGAGCUUUCCCCAGCGGCGCCUCAGCAAGCAGGAACGUAUACUGGGCAUCAACCCUACCGACCCGCAACCUAUGGCUCCACCACAGCAGUUGAGAGGCAACGGCAUUAUUGGCAAGGAUUUCAGACAGACGUAUGAUCCACCACGCCUCCACAGUAGUUCCCAUGCACGCGGUUACACCGGCGUGGAAGCGUACAAGGAGCCCAAAGCACGGCGGGGCUUCAGUCUCAGGAAGGCGCGGGACUGGUUUGAUGGCCGGCCACGAGAAGAGGAGUAUUAUGACUAA